UUACUUGAACGUGAACACACUCUCAGUCUGUGUUUGCCCAGAAAGCUCAGACAGUUUCAGCAGCUGCAGCUUCCACCUGACAUCUUUAACCCUCAUACACCUGAGCCUCUGUAGCCUUCCUUCCUCUCCUGAAGGAACCAUGUCCGCAGUCUACCUCCUCUUCCUGCUGCUCCCUCUGGUGUCAGCACAGACCUAUCACUGGGGUCCCUGUCCCACUCCCAAGGUGCAGCCCAACUUUAACCUCCAGCAGUAUCUGGGCAGGUGGUAUGAGAUCGAGAAGCUGCCCGCUUCCUUCGAGAGAGGAAAGUGCAUCGAGGCCAACUAUUCUGUAAGGAGAGACGGAACCAUCCGGGUGCUGAACUCUCAGUUCUAUAAAGACAAGGUGAGGGUCGCAGAAGGGACAGCAGUGAUUCCCGACAUGAGAGAACCUGCCAAACUCGGAGUCAGUUUCUCAUAUUUUACUCCCUACAGCCCUUACUGGAUUCUGACCACUGACUACACCAGCCUGUCGGUCGUGUACUCCUGCGUGAACAUCCUCUACAUUUUCCACGUCGACUACGCCUGGAUCCUCGGGCGGUCACGCUUUCUGCCUUACGAGACCGUGAGUUACGCCAAAGACCUGAUGGUGAAGGAAGGGAUAGACCUGCACAGGAUGAAGCCCACAGAUCAGAAGGGCUGCAAGGAUAACUAGGGAUCAUGAAGACUCCCACAGCACUCAGAUGAGGCAGGGCUGAAUACUGGAUUAACAAAUUUUUACUCUGAUUUCCUGUGUUUAUGCAUCAUUAUCCGGGUCUCGUGUUGUAACUGUUCCACACAACCCUGACAAAAAAAAAAAAAAGUUUAAUCUGCUGUGUUACAGAUAUGAAAAUAUUUAAGAUCUUUUAAAAUAUAUUUUUAUAUUUUAAAAUCGCUUUAAA